UGAUUACAUUCCACUUUCUUUUUACCACAGAGGUGCAAGGUUACUCAUCCCACUCAAGCACAUGCCACUAUGGAGCUUGUGAAAGAAUUAGUUCAGAAAGCCAUGCCAUCACUCAGUCAUGUUGUAAUGGAGUCACUCAUGGCAAGACUAAAGGAGAUUGGAGUAAACAGUGUAGAUGACCUUAACUUUGUCAAGACUGAAGAUGUCGAUGGAAUUCUGCCACCCAUUCAGUGUAGAAGACUAAUUCAAGCAUUCACUGCAGAGUCACAGGCUGUACUUGGAUUGACAUCUCUGCAACAGAAUCCACUUCCAACACCUGGUCCCAUGGAGGAUUCUCCAUCCAGAGAAACUGCUGUACCAUGGCACAAAAUGCCUCCAAACCUUAUGCUUUCUUUAAGUGAAAAGAAGAGACCAAAGCCUAAAGAGAGAAGAGAGCUGGUCCGGAUAGUCAUUGAUGAUGUAGUCAGUAAAGUGCGUGGAAGACCUGGAAGAGCAAAGCUGCGGGAGAUUGCCAAGAAGAUUGUAGAUCAAUAUCCCUGUUCUUUUCAAGACAGAGAGGUCAGCGGAACCAAAAUCAUCGGAACAGGAUAUGAUUCUCUCUUCAUACAGCUAGAAAACAGACUUGAAAAUAUUAGUAGGCCAAUCACCUUCAGCUCAACCACGAGACCAGCAGUGAGUGAAGAUGCAGUGAAGAGAAAGUCCGCACUCUCAGAUCGUUAUGGGUGUGUGGAGUGGCAGCCUGCUGUUGAGAAUAUAACAGAACUAGAGUCUAAACAGGAUGACUUGAAAAGUAGCUUCAGGACCCGCCAUCUACAGGAGUCUUAUGUUCGCAAUUUAAUGGCUGAAACAUAUUCCAUCCAACGUGCAACAAUCAACAAAGGAAGCACUCUAAAAACAGUACUUGAAGAGUGGCUCUUCCUUUUUGAAGCUGUUCACCUGUUUGACCACACAUGUACCCUCCUUGGCUUACCAGUGCAGACAAAGCUGGCAGAAGAAAUAUCCAGAAAGGGAAAGAACAUCAAAGACUUCCUCGACUCAAAUGGGAUGAAAAUGCCACCAGGUGAAGAUCCAGUACAGCUCAUCUCGGGCAUUGCAGAAUACUUCAAGGAAAAGCCUGAUCUCCUUUUCUACCAAAGUGAGGAGUCUACUGCUGCUGGACUGAGCAUCCCAAGCACCCCCUGUAUCCUAAUCAUGGAUGAUAGACGAUUCAAGAUUGCCGUCGACCAGGAAGUUGUGAAUGACCACAUCAAUUCACCCAUUGUGGCCCUGAGCUACGCUUUCUCCUUGUUUUAUGUAUUAAACAUAAAAUACCCAAAGGAGAUGUCACUCACCCUGGAAUUCAUACAGAGAGUUUUCCUGGGAAUCAAUCCGGAUCGUGGGUCAAAGGCAGAAAAAAAGGGAACAAAGCACCAGCACAUUCCUCCAAGACUGCUCAAGUUCCUGCGUGACCUCAACAACUUUGAAAAUCCGUGGAUGGCUGUGGAUGUUUGUGUUACUUUGCCUUUUUUGUGGUUUUUCCCAAAAGCAAACUUUUUUUUUCUUAAUUUAUUGUUUUGUUUUGAGAGAGCUCUUGAUACAAAGAUGAUCGGUUUGUAAGAGCUAAAUAUAAGACUAGUUUUCUAAGUUGAUUAAGUUGUAAAUGACACAUCAAAUCACCCAGACACUGCAUCUCAUGCGUUUUGCAUCUUAUUUUCUUGAAUAGUUGAUUUCUUCGUUUGUUCCACAAGCAAAAAAUGUUUAGUCUUACCCAAAAACGCACAUAUUCAAAACUUUAUGCAGGCUAUUGUUUACUCAUUUCUUUGCACAUAGUUAAAUGAAUUGUCAUUCAAUGUAUUCAAUUCUGAACAGUGACUGAUAUAUGCAGAAACUGAAUAAUAUACAUUGAUGUAAAUGUUGUUUGUUGCUGUUUUAGAGCAAGAAGUCUGAAUUUUAUGAUGGUUGUGUUUCAUAUUGUUAAAACGAUUUAAAAGCAAAAAUACAAAUUAUACAUGAAUGCAUUCAAUUCUGAACUGUGACUGAUAUAUGCACGUAUUGAAUGAUGUGCAUUUUGUGUGUUUUAAUGUGUUAUGUUAGUUGCAGAAAAAAAGUCAAAUUUUAGAGCAAAAAGUCAUAAUUUUAUAAUGGUUGUGUUAUAUAUUGUUAA